CGCAGCUCGACCGCGCGCCACCACUAUAUAACGCACACCCAGCAGAGCCGCCGUAACGCCGCCAGCCAGCUCGUCGUCUCUCCUCUAGCUCACUUCUGUGUCCAAAGCCACACGGCCGCCGGCAGGCGCACCGGGCGGGGCCUGUGCCUGUCUCAGUUGUCAGUUCCCGUCCCACAGGAACAGACCAGAGAGAGAGAGAGAGAGAGAGAGAGAGAGAGAGAGAGUAUUCGUAUGGCUCGGGAAGCUGCGUGCUGCACCGCCGUCUCCUCCAUGGCGCUCACCGCUCGUGUCCUGCUAGUUCUCGCGGCCACCCUUACCGUUGCCGUGGCUAUUCUGCCGGCGACGGCGCGGGCGGCGUGGGUGGACUACCCGUCCGGGGUGCCGUGCGGGGUGACCAUCCCCGUGGAGCAGUGCGACCCCGGGGACGCAGCGGCGAACAGCGCGUGCAUGGACGUGUGCCACUACGGCGGGUGCCGGCGCGGCGGCCAGUGCGUGUCGCUGGGGCUCGCCAGGGGCCGGGGCUGCCACUGCAAGUGCUAGGCUAGCUGGCUGGCUGGCUGGCCAAGCUGAUCGAUCGUGCGGCGCAGCGGCAGAGAGGAAGGAUUUGCUGGUGCGCCUUUUAUACACUAGCCUAGCCUAUGGUAUAGUAUGGUAUGGUAGAUUGGUAGGUGAGGGGGCCAGAUACGCUGAGUAUCACUUUCUUUUGUAAGGUUAGUUUGUUCUUAUUCUGCCUUUAUUAGUUGGUGUGCACAGCCUGCAAGUGAGUUUUGAGAGAGAGAGGUAUGUAUGUGUAGUGAGAGAGAAACAGAGGAGACAGAGAAUCGUCAGAAGCUUUUCCAUCGCUCGCUAGCUGGCCUGUCUACCUCUUGGGUUUAAUUUUUAUUUUAAAAAGGUGACGCUAGUUCGUUAAGUUUAUUGCAGAUAUCAAGCGAGGUGAUGUUUCUAA